AUGAAUGCCUCGAGGCCCUUGGUUCUUGCAGCCUGGCGGUGCAAGCUGCUACGGGAUGCUGCUGCAAUGAUGGUGGGCUUGGGCCUGGUGAUUGCAGGCAUGCAGGGCACAAAGGUGAUGCAGGGCUGGCUCAGCACACAUGUUCCCUGCCCUUGGCAGAGAUCUGGGGAGCUGUGCACGGUCUUGCCCUACUUGCUCAACCAGAAGCGCUCUUCGGACCUGCCUUACGAGCGGUGCUGGCUCGAAGCCGAAGAUGGGGAGCGAUUUGCCUUCGACUGGGUCUUCCCUCCCACCGGCUUUGAUCCCCAGAGGCCGGUGUUGGUGCUCCUCACGGGCUUGGCUCCCAAUCAGCACUGGACAGCAGCUGCUGGAUUUAUAGCAGAUGCGGCAUGGCACUUUACGCAUCGUGCGAACAUGACUGUUGUGGUUCUCGUUGCUCGAGGAACUAUGGAUACUCAAGUGAACAAGAACCUCUUCCAUGGUGCACGUGUCACCGACCUCCGACAAAUGUUGGAGUUCACGCAGCACCCAAGCUUGGAUUUUUCUAUCGCAGGCAUCAAGCCGAAGAUCUUUGCUGCAGGCUAUUCGAUGGGUGCUAUCAUUUUGGCAAACUACUGUGGUCACUAUGACAAAGACCCGCUGAUUGCUGGUGGCAUCCAUUUCUCAGGUUUGCAUGAUGCCGCUUUCAACAUGAACUUCAAGUACUCAGAGGAAACAUGGCAGGCCUACUUGGCUUACAAUCUCAAGUGGACGAUUGCUGUUUCUGCCCAGGAGGAGGCAUCCAAACGUGGUGUGGACAUGAACCGCAUCAUGUCUGGGAAGGUGGCCAGUGUGGUUGAUAUAGACAAGGACUUCGUUUCGGUCUACAAUGGCUAUGAUGGUGUCCUGGACUACUACCGGGACUUGAGCCUGGCGUCCGAUGACAAAUGGAGAAAUGUCAGCAUACCGCUGCUAGCUGUGGCUGCCCGAGAUGACCCAAUCACCCACUGUGAUGCUUUGAGGGCCAAAGAGUUCUCGGCAGACAAUCACAACCUGCUCUUCCUCAUCACCGAUCGAGGCGGCCACGUCGGCUGGCCAAGGGGCGUGCGGCCCUGGAAGCAUGGCUGGGAUUUCAUCAAUGAGGUGCAUGCUGCGCCCACAUUAAAAAAUCCAUACUCCAGAACUUACCAGUGGUCGAAUUGUGGAUGUGGGUUGCUGGUUUCAGGCCAUCCAGGUCUUCAUUCAAAGCACAGAUGGCUGAGCUCAACAAGUCUGUACAGCCGUAUAUUACAUACUUCUCUCUGCCGGAUUUCAACCUUUAGCAAGACCUGGAAUCAUGGUCUUCAAGUCUUUUGCAGCUGCAAUGGCACACUUUGUUUGCACUUUGUGCCCUUGCAAGAGACUCUGUUAGCUAUUCAGAAAGACUCGCCUUGA